AUGCCAGGACCGAGCUCAAGAACAUCAAAGCGGAAAGCUCUGAAUGCUUUCGGAGAUAUCAAGUCGAGCGGUCCCAUCAAGCAGCAGCGCAUAACGCUGGAUGCUUUCUUUGCCCCAAAGCAGACAAGGCCUUCUUUUGCUGCGAAAGAAAAUAUUAUAGAAAAGCAUUCAUCGCCAAAAGGUUCAGCAGAGCAGGAAUGGACAGGUGUACGAGACGCCGGGCUCAGCGCCGAGCAAGAGAACGUGCUGCGUAUGGUCGUUGACGAUGAGAGGAACAUUUUCUUUACCGGCUCGGCAGGUACUGGCAAAUCGUUGCUACUGAGAGCUAUCAUAGCGGCGCUCAGAAAGAAAUUUGCCGAAAAGUCUGAAUGUCUGGCUGUCUGCGCCAGUACUGGCAUGGCUGCACAGAAUAUUGGGGGGACAACCAUACAUGCCUGGGGUGCCGUCACGCCGGGCAUCUUUGACCUUGACAAGCAAAUCAGCUUCAUCAAGACAUGCAGACCUGCUCAUCGUCGAUGGAAAAUGGUCAAGGUUCUCAUUAUUGACGAAGUAUCCAUGGUUGAUGGUCAGCUUUUUAACCUCCUGGCCGCGCUUGCAGCAAGGCUACGCAAGAAAACAAACAAACCUUUUGGGGGAAUUCAGAUUGUUGUCACGGGCGACUUCUUUCAGCUCCCACCGGUCACCCGGGGGAACGAAGUGUUCUUCGCAUUCCAGAGCGACGCAUGGAAGGAGAGCAUCGAGCAUACCGUGACACUUACGAAAGUAUUUCGCCAGAAGGACAACGACUUCAUUGGUUUGCUCAAUGAGCUUCGCCGCGGCGAGAUUUCUCCAGCCACGAGGAAAAUCUUGACUGGAUUGUCCCGACCCCUGACGCACGGCGAUGGCCUCUUACCUACCCAGCUGUUCCCCUUGCGUACCGAAGUCGACCGUGCCAACGCAUCUCGCUUGAUGGCUCUCGGCGGCCCGGUGCACACAUAUACGGCCAGGGAUUCAGGAUCUGCGGAACAAGGUAAGAAACAAAAGCUGCUCGAAAACAUGAUGGCGGUUCGGAUGCUUGAGCUCAAGCGAGAUGCGCAAGUCAUGCUGGUUAAGAACAUUAGCGAGACUCUUGUCAACGGAAGCGUGGGUAAGGUGCUCGACUUUUGCCCCUCGCCGGACAAAAAGUCCCAAGGUGAUGAUGAGCUGCUGCCGCUUGUCGAGUUUAGCACGUUCAAGGGCAAGGAGACCAUGCUUGUGUCUCGUGAUGAAUUCCGAGCCGAGGACAGCGAAGGCAAAUUGCUCGCAAGACGUGUCCAGAUUCCGCUCGUCUUGGCCUGGGCCGUGUCAAUUCACAAGGCUCAAGGCCAGACCAUCCAGCGCGUCAAGGUGGAUCUGAGCAAGGUGUUUGAGAAAGGUAUGGGGAAACACCGCUCGCUGAUCUCCGAACGUUCAACCUGA